AGCCAGCGUCAGCCUUGGUGCCAACACAGGCCCCCGGAUCCUGCAAGAAUGAUUGCCACGAUCAUCCUCUUCAAUGCAGCCGUUUUCCUGCUCUCGAUCCUCGUGCUGUGGAAGCGGAGGAAGCACUUCAAGCUGCUCGAGAAGGGGGGGAUCCCGACCCCCGCCCCCCACUGGCUCACGGGCCAUCUGGACGACGUCACGUAUUCCCCCGAAAAGAAAUGCAUGGUGCAGCGAAAGCACGAAUGGCUCCAGAAAUACGGCAAUGUGGUUGGGUACUACAACGGUGGGUUUCCGCGUAUUCUGGUCGCUGAUCUGGACAUGCUGAGAGAUAUUCUGAUCAAAGACGCACAUAACUUCGUGAACAGACCCGUGGUGGUAUCCCAGAGCAAGAUGCUGGUCGCUCUGCGGGAUCAGCACUGGAAGGACGUGAGGAAGAUCAUGAGUCCCGUCUUCUCCACUGCCAAGAUGAAGAAGAUGAUGCCGCUUAUGAGUGGCUGCGUGGAGGUGCUGCUCCAGAAGUGCCAUCAGCUGGCCUCCUCUGGACAGGAAUUCGACAUCUACGUGACCCUGCAGUGCCUCACCAUGGACGUCAUAGACCGGUGUGCCAUUACGCUCGGCCUCCAGUGCAUCAACAAUCCAGAGAACGAAAUCCUCGAGAACUUCCGCAAGCUGUUCAACCGGCCGCCGAGCCUCGUGACGCGGCUCAUGCACACCUUCCCGUCGCUGCUGACGCUGAUCUCGGCGUCCAUGCGGCUAGCGGGCGCCGGCGUGCACCGUCAGAAGAACGUCAUCGUGGAGCACCUGCGGGUCGUCGUGAAGGAGAGGAGGGAGCGGGGAGGCCAUGGCGGGGUGGAAAAGAGCAUCGACGCCUUGCAAAUGCUGAUUGAUGCUUCGUGCAAUGAGCAACAGGAUUCGGGGAAAACCACUCUGUCUGAGCAAGAGGUGGUGGACAACGCCUUCCUUUUUCUGGCUGCGGGUUUUGAGACCACCAGUAACGCCCUUGCUUACGUCGCCUACCUGCUGGCGCUCCACCCGGACGUCCAGGAACAGGUCUUCGAGGAGGUGUCCCAAGUGGUGCAGGCCGAGGGAGGACUCACGUACGAGGCGCUGGCCAAGCUGGUGUACACGGAGGCGGUGGCGAUGGAGGCCAUGAGGAUCUACCCGCCAGUGACGGGCUUCGUGCUGCGAGAGACGGCCAGGGAAUGGACUUACGGCGGCUACACGUUCCCCGCGAAGAGCGAAGUGGAGGUGCCAGUGUGGUCCAUUCACAACGACCCGACCCUCUACCCGGAGCCACAGGUCUUCAAACCAGAGAGAUUUCUUCCUGAGGAAAAGAAGAGUCGGCAUCCGAUGUCGUUUUUGGCCUUCGGAACAGGUCCAAGGAACUGCCUCGGGAUUCGCUUCGCCAUGAUGGAGAUCAAACUCACUCUGGGAACCAUCGUCCAGCAUUUCCGCUUCAAAACUUGCUCGCGCACAGAGGUGCCGCUUCCUCUUGUCACCAGAGGGGCGCUGACUCACCCUCGGGACGGCGUUUGGCUCACCCUCGAAGCCCGCUGAAGGCCCAGCGCUGCUUGGUGGGGCCGGCCAGAGGGAGAGAGAGAGAGAGAGAGAGAGAGAGAGAGAGAGAGAGAGAGAGAGAGAGAGAGAGA